AUGGCAGCAAGCUUGAGAGCUGCAGCCGCAGCAGCAGCAGCAGCGAGUGCAGUUGCAGCAGCAACUGCAGCCACAGCAGCAAAUGCAGCCCCCGCAGCAACUGCUGCGACUGCUGCAGCAGAAGCAGCGGACAAAUAUGCCUAUGUAGUUCAGCAGCUCAAAGAGGCUAAAGAAAACCUCGAAGCCGCAGCAGCAGCAGCAGCAAGUGGCGCUGCAGCUGCUGCUAAGGCGCCUUUGCUGAUCGCCGUCAGCAAAACCCACCCUCCUGCUGCUGUUGCUGCUGCAGCAGCAACAGGCCACCGCCACUUCGGGGAGAACUAUGUUGCUGAAUUAGUUGAAAAGGCGCAGAAGCUUCCCGAGGACUACCAUUGGCAUUUGAUUGGAAAGCUGCAGACGAACAAAGUGAAGACCUUGGUGGCUGGAGUCCGCAACCUGUACUCCGUAGACUCUGUGGACUCCGUCAGAUUGGCUGAAGUGCUGCAGCGCGAAACUAAAAAGGCCAACAGACAUCUCAAUGUGCUGGUGCAGGUCAACGCCGGGGGCGAGCCCCAGAAGAACGGCGUUCUCGGAGAUGAUUGGAACUCCACAAAACAUUUAUCUCUUUCUUUAGUUUAUUAUAUUUUAGAUAAAUGUCCCAAUUUGAAGUUCAGAGGAUUCAUGACUGUGGCGCCUCAAGACGUUGAUGAGGCCCUUUCGACUUUCAAAAGGAUGAAAGAAUUAAAAGAAGAAGCAGCUCGAGACGAGAAAAUAGCUGCAGCCUUAAAUGGCGAAGACCUCGAGCUGAGCAUGGGCAUGUCAAGAGAUAUGCAAACAGCAGUAGAGAACGGCAGCACUCAAGUGCGAAUAGGCACAGCAAUAUUUGGGGCUCGGGGGCCCCGCAGAGUUUAA